UUUCUUUGGUAUCAAGGAAGUGGUCAAUUCUCUCCAUGACUUUCCGAGGUGUUGAGGUUGGAUAUACAAAGAAGGUUUCAUUGUAAGAGCAUAACAACUCAGACACAACUCCUUCAAAAUUUUCUUUCUCUCUUCCUACAAGUAAACUCUCACUCACACAAACAGUAUCAUUGAAUUGAUCUGUACCUGCUACUGUUUCACCUCUUGAUGGCUCCUUCAGACUCUGAAACUUUGGGGCACCAUUCUCAGAUUCCGACCUUUCUCUAUUCCUGUCCCUCUCCGCCGCAGAAGAAGAUGGAAGCUUCAAGCUUCGCGGUUCCUUCUCCCAGUGAGAAACGCAGCAUAGAGAUGUUUUCGCCGGCGUUCUACAGUGCUUGCACCAUCGGAGGAAUUCUCAGCUGUGGCCUCACGCACACCGCCGUCACGCCUCUUGACGUUGUCAAAUGCAACAUACAGAUUGACCCUGUCAAGUACAAGAACACCAGCACAGGAUUUGGAGUCAUGUUUAAGGAGCAAGGACUGAGGGGGUUUUACCGCGGAUGGGCACCUACCCUUGUUGGUUACAGCGCACAGGGUGCCUUCAAAUAUGGAUUGUAUGAGUACUUCAAGAAGUACUAUUCUGACAUAGCUGGUCCAGAGUAUGCAACGAAGUACAAGACAUUGAUUUACCUAGCCGGUUCAGCAUCUUCUGAGUUGAUUGCUGAUGUUGCUCUUUGCCCAUUUGAGGCUGUGAAGGUCAGAGUUCAAACUCAGCCUGGCUUUGCUAGAGGCCUAGCUGAUGGACUCCCAAAGUUAGUCAGAACUGAAGGUGUCUCAGGGUAUGCUUAUGAUGUUAUAAUUGUUGUUAACUUAAAUCUUCCCAUUGUUUUGGUAAGAAGGUUGACUGAAGCUGUGGUUCUGGAUUCCUUGCAAUUACUUUUCCAUGCAUUCUGUUAGGAGGUUGAAAGUAUACGAGAGA